CAUCACUCCCAAUCCCAUCUCGCCCAAAAUCCCCAAAUCUUCCUCCUCCCAAAUCCUUCGAAUCCUCCGCGCCUCCGGCAAGCUCCAGGUCGUCGUCGCAGCAGAAGCUAUGUCGGGCCGCGGCAAGGGAGGCAAGGGCCUGGGCAAGGGCGGCGCCAAGCGGCACAGGAAGGUGCUCCGCGACAACAUCCAGGGCAUCACGAAGCCGGCGAUCCGGCGGCUGGCGAGGAGGGGCGGCGUGAAGCGCAUCUCCGGGCUGAUCUACGAGGAGACCCGCGGCGUGCUCAAGAUCUUCCUCGAGAACGUCAUCCGCGACGCCGUCACCUACACGGAGCACGCCCGCCGCAAGACCGUCACCGCCAUGGACGUCGUCUACGCGCUCAAGCGCCAGGGCCGCACCCUCUACGGCUUCGGCGGCUGAGCCUGGCCGCCCCCCGCCCGCGCCCUGUGGGUCGCGUGCAGGCACCUAGCUAGGGUUCCUGAUGGGUUAGAGGAGUUGAUGUGCUGCGUUCUGUCCUGUGCCUAGCUGCGUUGUGGUGUUGACUUAAUAGUAGGUGUUUAUGGUUGUAAUGGUGAAUUGGAAGCCUAUCAAUUGAAUGAAUCGAUGUUCUGAGGCAUGAUUAGAGUU